CAAUAGAAGUUCCAAUCGUCUUCUGGACCAACUUGAACCCAUCCUCUCUUCUCAAAAUUAUGCACUAUCACGGAUUUGUCCACGUCCGUGCAAAAUGUGACUUUUGUCUUGUCUGCUCCAAUUGUGGAUAUUCUUUUGUUGUAGGAUACAUUAUCAGAAGUGUCGCUACAAUAACGCUACUAUAAUUGUGUGAUAUAUCAUAUUACAAAGGACGAACGUUUAAGAACAACGUUAACUACAUUGACGUUACUGAGAAAUUGUAAGAAAUACAACAAGAUUCAGGAAGAAAUACAGCAAUAAAGGACUUUGAAGGAUUAAGACCAAAAUGGAUUUGUCUCCAAAACCUGGCAAAAUGAAUUCUGUGAUGGGAAGGAUAGGAAGAGGGAGAGGAGUUGUCAAAAGUAAUGUGCCAUCAAACAGAUGUCUGUGUUACAGGCCAUACUGCUUUGUAUUAUGCAGUGUUUGUGGAUAUUGGACAAGAGGCAGAGUACGUUACUUUUGCCCUAUUCAUCCACAGACUGUUUUUCUGUUUGAUAUUACACAAUGUCCUCAGUGCAAAUCUUUUGGUCAUAUGUUGUCUGAGUUUUGAAUACGUAUAAGAUACUUACAUGUUUUGUUAUAUAUAUAUAUAUAUAUCUGUUUUUGUUUUCUUCUUAU